CAAGGUGCUGUUACCCCCACACACAGCCACUUCCACUUGGGGCAGCAGCCCAGCGCAGCAGACCGAGACUUCUGCUGAGCCGAGACACGACUUUUAGGUUUGGCAUCCAGACUUUGGCCACCACUUGACUGUCACACCUCCAUCUUUUCGGACCUGCUCAACAGAAAAGUGUAGAGGAAGGAAACAUGGCUCCUUAGUGGACUGUGGCCAGGCCAUCGGCGUUUGUUUUGUGUGGAAGCUUUUCUCUGAGGAUAAAGUGCCUAAGUUCAGCUUCGGCUCUGCUUUUACAGAGGCUCUUCUCAAAUACUUUUCACAACCUCAAGUUCAACUUUCGCUUUGUUCUUUGGGAUAUCAUCUCUUCCUUGGUGGACUGUCUCGAGCUGCCCCGACCAAUGCUGACGGAGCCGUGUGGGGCCAUGGGGUCCAUGGGGUCGGACAUCCGAGAUCUGACCCUCCUUCCUCCCGGGCCUCCAGUACCCUCCUUGCCAGGGGGCGGCGGGGGCUGUGGCAUGUCUGUUGGCAGCGGCCAGUGGACCCAGCUCCUGGACCUCCACCCCAGCUCUCCCUAUGGUUCUCUGCCUUCCCACCACUCCCUGAUCAAACAGGAACCUGGCUGGGCCACCUCGGACCCCAUGGAGGACCCUCACCGCGGCCUGGGGGCCUUCACGGUACACAUCUCCGGCCAAUUUACAGGCGCAGGCCCCUGUCGAGUCGGGGCCUUUGGAGAGCCGCCCGCCAGCCAACCCAGGGUGUUUCCGAAUAGCACCUACCUCCCCAGCUGUGUUGACAGUCCACCGGCGUCAAGGAGCCAGGGUUAUGGAGUGGUGGGACUGGAGAGCGCCCCGAGUUAUGGCCACACGCCCUCGCACCACAGCCCGCAGCUCUCCAGCCUGUCCUUCAAACACGAGGACACUUUGGCGAUGCAGACCAACAUGGCCGAGCAGCAGUAUCCAGCUCCUCCCCCCAUGUUUGGUUGCCACAACCCCCCUGAAUCCUGUCCCAGCAGCCAAGCCCUGCUGCUGAGAAACUACAACAGUGACAACCUGUACCAGAUGACGUCUCAGCUGGACUGUGUGUCGUGGAACCCAGUGAACAACCUGGCGUCUUCCAUGAAGAGCAGCCAUGGAACAGGUUACGAGACUGACCCCACAGCGCCCCCUCCCUCUGUGGUCCUCAGCUGUAGUGCCCAGUACCACAUACACACACAUGGUGUCUUCAGAGGGCUUCAGGACGUCUGCCGGGUACCGGGUAUUGCACCCCCGGUGGUAAGGGCGGACACCAACGAGAAGCGUCCGUUUGUGUGCACUUAUCCUGGCUGCAGCAAAAGAUACUUCAAGCUGUCCCACCUGCAGAUGCAUGGCCGCAAACACACAGGAGAGAAGCCAUACCAGUGUGAUUUCACGGACUGUGGCCGCAGAUUCUCUCGGUCAGACCAGCUGAAGAGACACCAGCGCAGACACACAGGAGUGAAGCCUUUUCAGUGUGAGACAUGUCAGAGAAAGUUUUCACGGUCAGACCACCUUAAGACACACACUCGGACUCAUACAGGUAAAACAAGUGAGAAGCCCUUUACCUGUCGCUGGUCCAACUGUCAGAAGAAGUUUGCCCGCUCUGACGAGUUGGUGCGACACCACAGCAUGCAUCAGAGGAACCUGACCAAGCUGCAGUCUGCCAUCUAAGCAGGGCCACCGUGAUGAGGAGGGGGGCGGGUGUGUUUUUGUGUGUGUGAGGUGUGAGGUGGAAGUGGGUGGGUGGGUAUCAUCAUGCCAGUGAGGAGAUGACGACGCUGGGCCUGGUCAGCGGUUCUGGUGCCUUGCCAGGCUCACUGAAACGGUGAGCACAGCUGAGGCCGCUCUUUACCCGGACCACAACAGCGGAGGAGGUCCGCUGAUGAUCCGCGAGAUUUUCCGUAUUUACAGCUCCCCGGCAGCCGUUGUGGUGUAUUUCUUUUUAAACGAGAGACUGGGCUUUCGUUUUGUUUUGCAUAUGUACAGUGCCACAGUGUCAUUCCGAGAAUCUACUGUGAAAUCAGAAAUUUGUCGGUACACCAAUUAUGUUGAAUAUUUUUAUAUAUACUUGCACUGGCUUCUUGAUCUGUUGUGAAUAACUGCAAUCGCUACGAAAAUGUUUUGAACCAAGAAAACUGGAUGUAAGAAAUGUGACCACGGUGUCACCUUUCCUCCAAUAAGUGGAACCCAGAACUAGUCUACUGUUGGGUCGAAUGUGAAAGUUUUACAUAUUUUUACAGUAUAAUAACAAAAUAUUCACCCCACAGCUUUGUAUAUAUGUGACAUAUUUUUGUUGCCUUUUUCCAAUUCUUUUUAUAUUUUGUGCAUUUUUUUUUUGGUAUGUUUAUUAAAUGUUGA